CCGGGCGGGCAUGGCAACGCUGGCGCCGCGGCCCGUUCCAGGGGUUCCAGGCUGGGUGCGCCGCCGGGCUGCCUGGUAGUCCUGGUAGCGCCCCGACCGCCACCGCCGCCCUCAUGGCAGAGCACGCCGACGAUGCAGUGCGCCCGCCAGCGACCAGGGCGACCAGCAUGCUCAACGGCACCGGGCCGAACGGGCAUUCCUACGUGCUCGCCAUCAACGAGUACUGCCAGCGCCACUUCCGCGCCGACGUGCGCUACGUCUUCGCGCGCUGCGACCCCGACUACUCGGCCACGGCCGUGCUGGACGGCCUGACCUACGCCACCAGGAAGGACCCCAACAAACAUGUGGCCAAAAUUCUGGCGGCAAAGUCAACAGCGGAGGUACUCCUGCCUGAAAUGCGGGACCUCGCGGAGGACGAGUGCCUUCCGGAUGCGUACAAGCUGGCGGUUUUUGACAACGUGGACCUGGCGGACGAGCGAAUCCCGGAAAUAACGAUGCCCUACGAUGCGGUGAAGCCGUACAAGAUCUUGCUGAAAUGCCUCGCCCGCAACUUCGGGUACCGCGAGGCCGACAUCCAGUUCACGACGCACCGCCCGGCCAACCAGUACUGCCCGGCACGCCUGGCCCUCAAAGUCGGCUCCUACAGCGUCACCGUGCCCAUGACGCGCUUCGCCAAGCAGGAGGCGGCGCAGACCAUCCUGAUGAACGUGCACCCGCACCUGGAGUCCUGGGGCUCCCUGAUCCGCAUGUACAUCGUGAACACCGCGCGCGACUUCGAGGACAUGACCAUGCUGGCAGGCAUUCAGAACGUCGCCAUGCAGCCCCUGGACGCCGACAUCGACGACGGACUGCCUCCUGGCGAGGACAAGGGCGAGCCCAGGGCGGCCUUCCGCGGCGGGGGAGUCGCCGGGGGAGUCCCCGCCGACGACUCAGAGGACUCGGACUCGGAGGAUGAUGAAGACGACGAUGACGAGGAUGACGGCGACGAGGACGACGAGUACGACGAAGAAGAACACUGCUGCUGCAGAGAGCAGUGCGUGCUGCAGGUGGUGCAUCUGAGCGACUCGGACGAGGGCGAAGACCUCUCGGACGAGGAAGACGACGAGGACGGCGAGGACGGCGCCAAGGCAGAACCAGAGCGGGACGCCAACUUCAACCUCUGCGAAGAGCGGGCGCGCUGCGGUGGUGCAGACCGUGUAGACAGGCCCUUCUUCGGGCGGCUCAGCUUCGGCGACCUGCCUGCCAUCGGCGAGGACUUCGAGGCAGGGUCGCUGGACCCACACCGCGCCUCGGCCGCCAGGACGGUGACGUCCAGCUGCGCCACACGGCCCCAGUUGCCGGCGGCCGCCGCCGAGGGCGCCGUCGCGGCCCCCUCCGAGGACGCCGUCGAGGCCGCCGACGCCACCGGCAGGGGCGCCGUGGCCACGCAGCCCCGCCGUCGACGUGGACCUUGCACCGCCUGGUUCGGCGGCGUGGAGGCCACGGAGCGCGGCGCGGUGCAGGCUGCACCCCUGCUGUGGUGCGACAUGCCCAGCAGCUUCGCGGACAUCUUCAAGGACUGGCCGCACCGCCGCAACGGCGCGCAGGGCCAACAGGACGAGGCCCGCGACACCGGCGCCGUCUACAGCGCCUUGUUCGGGCUCAAGAUCGACGCCGGGAAGGGUGAGUCCGAGAACGGCAACUGAGGCGGUGUCUGUGCCGCGCCCAGGCCAUGCGGGCAGCGCUGCGUCCAACGAUACAUGGAAGCAUCGAUUCAUCAAAACAUCGAUUCAUCGAAACAUCGAAGCGGCCGUAGGCAAGCCUGCGCGCCUGGUACACCGUCAAACCGUCACUGCAGCAGAGGAGGAGUUUCGCAGUGCGGACGCAGAAAAGGGGAGGGGGCGGGUAUCAAUUUCACCAAAACAAGAAAAGAACAUUUAUUUUUAAAAGCCUCCCAAUUAUUUUAAAUGCGUCUUAAACAUAGCAUCACCGACACAGAACCAUUGCACUUUGAUUCCAAGAAGCGUAUUCGUCGAGAACGAGGUGACCCCUCGACCUGCCAAGCUGCUGCCAUUAGGCCGCGUGACUUUUUUUCUUUUUAAAUCGUAGGUUUCCUUUGGGGGACUAUUUUAUGCACCUAUUCGCACGUGUGGAUUGACCCACAGCACUGCGAGUUGCCUUUAGGACACCGCGGCGACGCUGCACCCCAGUACCUCCGGUACCUCGCACGCAGCCUCACGCUUUCAAGCUUGCAAGCGAGACCCAUUAAGUUGUAGUCUCGGUUGUAGUUAAGUAAGUCUCAGUCAGACUACCAUGGCCAAAGCCACCGAUAAGUAAGAUUAGUUUCUUUCGACUUUAUUGAAUAUUCUUCGACCAAUAUACUUAACUUGUGCCGAGUCAACUAACUACGUUAAGCUUGUGUACAUAUUUCUUGAACCGAUCUCUGUACAGCGACAGUGCGAAGUCCACUCUUUCGGUCUCGCACGUUAGGUUAGGUACUUUGUGGGCUCGAGCUCGAACUGACUUUUCCCUGCUAGAGGGACUGUGUGUGUGUGAGGACGUGUGUUUUUGACGUUUUGCACGUUCCCCUUUCCUUUUCGUUUCCGGCCCUGGCCACAUCGAGCGAUAUGUGUGAUAUACCGUAGAGAGGCCCGAACCGCGGCGUUGUGCCGCGACCCGGGUUCCUCUGACCAGCCUCAAGUAACGACCCAAAUGGCAAAGAAGGAACCAUGCGGUAGCAGCCCAUAGCAGCCAUGGUUGCCAACCGUCUACAGGGACAGGAAACGAUGCGGCGGCGGGUUGGCUAGCCUGCCAAUCUCGUUGGAAAAAAGUCUGCAGAGGCGCUAUUUUUUAAAAAAAAAUUUUUUUUCGAUUUGCCAUGGAUGCAACCACUGAAGCAGACGGGGACUCAAUUUAGUGUCUGUAGAAUGGGUCCGGCAGCAGACUGCCGUACAGUGUGCACCACACACGCGGCCCGCGUCGACCCUUGCCCUGUUCUUAUGUGUUUCGCCUUGUCACGAACAUCAGUAGUCUGUACAUACGUAGCCCCGCGCGCCCCCUCGGGGGCCCCCGGCCUGCCCGCGUGCAGCGGGGGAUGGACCCCCUGGGGUGGCCGCGGGGCCGGGGGGCGUCGUAGUGCCGCCCCCCGGGUCUAGGUUAGGUUAGGCCAAGGACUUGUCGUGUCCUCGCACUAGUUAAGUUAGGACUCCCCAAGGACUCGUCGGUGUCCUCGUGCUUCAGGGAGCCCGACAAAGCAGCGGCUGGGACUGCUGCGGGUGCGGGACGGGCGUCACCCGGUCGCCGCGCUGGCGCUGUCCGCGCUGUCGGGACGCCGGCGACACUCGCAAACCAGUUUCAGCGACGCGUAGCGUGUUCCUACAAGAUUAAGCGAGCCCAUUUUAGUGGAUCGAGGGCGUGGAUAAUUUUGCAUCGUGGGGGCUUUUGAACGGGGUAGCGGUGCUGCGGCGAGCAAACUGUGCGCAGGGAUGUCCGGACGCCGCAGACCCAGCAGCAGCAAGGUGUGCUAGUCUUUGAGGAGUUUACCGUGUAUUUUGCGUGCGCCCUUUCCAGUAUUUAUCUCGCCUUCAACAUAUUUUUGCUGAGGUGUAUAAUAGGCUUCAAUGCGUACCUGCACUAGCAUAGCAGUAGAGAAGAAAGCGUCUGUGAUAGAGGAAACUUUGCCACCGAACACAAUUCUUUUCGUGGUCGCGUGGCAAAUUCCCAGUUCUCCUUGCGUAACAGCAGCCUUUGAUUCCGGUUCGGAUUCAAAUUAAAUAUUUGGUAUAUUGUGUUCGCAGGAGCAGAUCAAAUUGUUUUAAAUGACUGUACAAAAUCAGGGAUUUUUCUUCAAGAACUUGGUAGUUGAACCCUUUUUUUAAAAUUAUUAUAGUUUGAUCGAUAAAUUAGCUUUGAAGGGCGUGGUUUGUCUCGCGAAAACGCGUCCUUCGGAUGGAGCGUCCACGUGAACGAGAUGCAAAAAGUUGUUUGUCUUUCUCUAUUUCGCAAGCCGAUUAAGGCAGCGUAGGGAUACGUUAAAUUAGGCUUGCUUUGCUCAUUGCUUUAUUCGAUCAUUCGAUCGCAAUGCUUGUCAGUUUAUUCAUCCCUUCAAGGGCAUUCAUCAAAGCCAUUCAUUGAUUCAGUCAUCAAUUCAUUCAUUGACUCAUUCCUUCAUUCAUUGACUCAUUGGCCCAUUCAUUCAUUGGCUCAUCCAUUCAUUCAUUGACUCAUGCAUUCAUUGGUUUAUUGACUCAUGCAUUCAUUGGUUUAUUGACUCAUGCAUUCAUUCAUUGGUUCAUUGAUUGGUUAAUUCAUUCAUUGGUUCAUUCAUUUAUUCAUUCAUCGGUGUGUCGGCACUUCUGUAUAUUAAAAACACUAAUUCACAUGGUGUUUUUUUUUCACAUUUUGAGUUUGUGUAUGACCUAGGUUACUUUAAAAGCAUCGUUAUUUCAUGUGGCAGCAGUGUACGUUGGGUCAGGAGAAACUGAGGAGACUAUGAAGUGUAUUGUGUUCUGGUUCUGUGUCAAAUUAAUUAUCACUGUAGGGUUGGCUACUUUGAACGUACUGAAUGGUGUAUUCCCUCUUUUGUACCCGCCCCUAUAAAAAUCAAACAAAAAAAAAAGAACAGUAGUAUAUUGAUAUUAUCUAUUGUCUUGAUCUUUGUUAUAUUUCAUAUAUUUUUCUAACCCUUCUAGUGCCGUAGUUGGAGGUUGCAAUGGAGUCUGCAGCCGUGGAGUUGCGCUCCAUUCUCCAUUCCUUCUGCCGACAUUUAACAGAAAACUGAAAAAAUGCAUAGGCCUACAAAGAAAACGUAGAUGACACUUCAUUCAAGGAAACAUAUCUAAUUAUGCACAAGAAACCAAAAAUGAAUCCGUUCUGAUCGAUAGUUCGAGCCUCUUUGCCGUUAUUCCGAUUCGAAACUUAAAUUUACCUGUAUUAUAAUUUUACAAUUUACUAAACGCGCUAGUUGAUGUCAAAGAUGUGUGGACAUUUUUCAAGCGAAAGCAUAGCCAGUAGAUCACAGUAAUCGUUUCAAA